AUGUAUAUGUAUCUUGUCAACUACAUCAACCAAAAUUUCAACUUCAACAAGUACAUCUACAUCUACUUCCUCAUCAACAAGUACUUCUACCACAACUUCCACUACAACAAGUACUACCUCCACUUCAACGAGCACGUCUACUUCUACUUCCACAUCAACAACCUCUACAACGACAAGUACUUCAACUUCAACAAGUACUUCUACAUCAACAAGCACUUCUACAUCUACUUCCACUUCAACAAGUACUUCGACAUCUACUUCCACAUCGACAAGUACUUCCACAAGAAGUACCUCCACGUCAACAAUAACUUCCACACUUACGUCUACAUCUACUACCACAUCAACGUCAACAAGUACUUCCACUUCAAGUACGUCUACAUCAACGUCAACAAGUACCUCCACUUCAACGAGCACGUCUACUUCUACUUCCACAUCAACAACCUCUACAUCGACAAGUACUUCAACUUCAACAAGUACUUCUACAUCAACAAGUACUACUACAUCUACUUCCACUUCAACAAGCACUUCAACAUCAACAAUACAUCUACAUCAACUUCCACUUCAACAAGCACUUCUACAUCUACUUCCAACUUCAACAAGUACUUCUACAUCAACAAGCACUCUACAUCUACUUCACUUCAACAAGUACUUCUACAUCAACAGCACUUCUACAUCUACUUCCACGUCAACAAGUACUUCUACUUCAACAAGUACAUCUACAUCACUUCCACUUCAACAACCUUCUACAUCUACUUCCACUUCAACAGUACUUCUACAUCAACAGCACUUCUACAUCUAACUUCCACUUCAACAGUACUUCUACAUCACAAGCACUUCUACAUCUACUUCCACUUCCAACAAUACAUCUACAUCAACUUCCACUUCAACAACACGUCUACAUCUACUUCCCUUCACAAGUACUUCUACAUCAACAAGCCUUCUACAUCUACUUCCACUUCACAAGUACAUCUACAUCAACAAGUACAUCUACAUCAACUUCCACUUCAACAACACUUCUACAUCUACAUCAACAAGCACAUCUACGUCAACUUCCACUUCAACAAGCACUACUACAUCUACUUCCACUUCAACAAGCACUUCUACAUCUACAUCACAAGCACAUCGACGUCAACUUCCACUUCAACAAGCACUUCUACAUCACAAGUACUUCUACUCUACUUCCACUUCACAAGUACUUCUACAUCAACAAUCACUUCUACAUCAACUUCCCUUCAACAAUACUUCGACAUCUACUUCCACUUCAACAAGACUUCUACAUCUACUCCACUUCAACAAGUACUUCUACAUCUACUUCCACUUCAACAGUACUUCUACAUCACAAGUACUUCUACAUCACUUCCACUUCAACAACACUUCUACAUCGACAAGCACUUCUACAUCAACAAGUACUUCGACAUCUACUUCCACUUCAACAAGUACUUCUACAUCAACAACACUUCUACAUCUACUCCACUUCAACAACACUUCGACAUCAACAAGUACCUCCACAUCUACUUCGACAAGUACCUCUACGUCAACAUCGACUACGACUCCCCCGAGUACCUGCAACGUCACUUCUGCUGGAGACCUCACUUACUUUAUUUCCCCGAACUUCCCUAG